AUGGACGCAAAUUCAUUUCCUGAUCUGCUUUAUGAGCUGGCUAUAAAUACAACUGAAUCCAAGACCUUCAAGAGCCUAGAAAUUCCAUUCGCCAAUAACUACACAUUGCCUUGGAACGUAAAGGAAUCGGCGAUUUACGGAACUGUCGCGACGGAUAAACUAUCGUUAAAAAAGUUGGAAUUCGAGGCAAGGUUUGGGCUGGUCAACAAGAUUAGAGGGGAACCCACCGAAGGAAUUUAUGGACAGCUGGGAGUUGGGAGAGUGGGAUUUUCAAGGAAUAAUCAAAGUGCGACCGCGUUGAGAGAUUCGAUUUUGGCGGCAAUUGGCACCAAGGUUUUGUGUUUGUCGGCGGAGACAACGGACGACGGAAAGUGAGUGUUUUUGUAUUCCAACAGAGUUUAGGGUUAUAUUUUGAAGGGAACUGGGACAAUUGGGGAAACCGAGAAGUAUUAUUUUUCUUCGAUGCAAGUGUCGAAAUUAAGAUAAUCGAGGGUGCUGAUUUUGAAAAUGACAUUCAUUUUUUGAUCUUUACUUUUUUCGUAAAGUAGUACUGUAAAGUAGUAAUUUUUUGAUUUUUUUCAUGAAUACUCUAUUUGGGGGUUUUCGAUGGUGCUUUGAAAUCAGACAAAAUGAAUAAGGUUUUCGAAAUCAGCAAUGUCGAAACCCCAAAUCGAGUAUUUAUAAAAAAAGCAAAAAAUUAAUGCUUUACAGUACUACUUAAGGAAAAAAGUAGAGAUCAAAAAAAAAUGAAAGCCAUUUUCGAAAUCAGCACCCUCGAUUAUCCUAAUUUCAACACUUGCAUCGAAGAAAAAUAAUACUUUUCGGUUUCCCCAAUCGUCCGUCCUUUCCCCCAAUUAUCCAACUCCGAUAAUUGGGGCCCUUAAAUUUUCAUCGCCUGUCAUUCCAAGUUUAACUAUCAAAAAAUUUCCAGACUCCGUUCCACAUUGGUCUCCCUUGGCAAGGUCCCAUUCCCCAGCCCAGAUCUUAUCCUCAAGACCAAGUCCCAAGACAACGUUGGAGAUCUUUGGCAACUGAACGUGACCUCUAUUCAAACUGGAAGCUAUUUUUCAAAGAUCGCAAUCCCCGCGGCAUUUUCCACGGCUCUCAAUGGGAUCGCAGGGCCGGAAAGAGUUGUUCUUCCUUUAGUUAAGGCGUUGAAUGCAAAGUACGACAAGAACCGGAAAGAGUACAUUUUCCCAUGUCUACAGGAGAUAAACCCAAUUUUUUUGGGACUAAAUGGAGCGGUGGUGAAGUUGGAUAGGCAUUCAUUCAGCGAGCCGGUCAAUGAGAAUGAUUGUCAAGCCAAGUUCAGUAUCACAAGCGAAAACAGGAUCAUUUUGGGAUCAUCGAUCUUCUUGAAUCGAGGAUUUUGCUUUGAUUUUGGCUACGAGGAAAUCAGUGUCUACAAAACUAAAAGAAACAGCCACAGGAUAAUUCAAAAGAACGCUGCAAAAGAUGCCAAUUCUAUUGUGUUCGUUGAGAAAUUCAAACAUUGA